AUUCCAAGAAAGUCAAAAUCGAUGGUGAAAAUACCGAAUCGGGACUUUUGGGGGAAACCCAAAACGCUGGCGUCGGCGAGCGCAAGCGAUGGGGCAAUGCUUAGGUUGCCUCGACGAAGGCCAAAAGCAACAGAGACAAGAGGAAGAAAGAUUGUCCUCCGUCGAAGCUCGCGCCAAAGCUGCUGAAGCCGCUCAGAGAAGGCAAGAAGAAUUUGAAAAGUCUGCUGCAGGAAGAGCUGCACGUGCUCAGAUGGCAGCAAAUGCAAAGCAAUCUGCCAACACUAACAGAGGAGAACCAGUUCUUAAGUGGAGUAUGGGUUGAGGUCGUGCUCUCUUGUUGGCUUCAUAUCUUUUUUGCUUGUUAAUGAAAGGAAGAUUAUAUAGGCCGCUUUCCUGUGCUCCUGUUGUGCCAAGCAACUUGUCUAUACCCCCAAGUCUCCAAGGCAGAAGUUCUUGGAAGAAACUGCACUCUUGUAUUUGUUAUUCAUGAAUCAAGGAAAACAAUAAGUGUGCAAACUUGUAUUCUUUGACACUUAUCUUCCAUGUAAAUUUUACUCUAACUUGUCAUCUCUAUAUUUACAUAUCAUAUAUAUGCAGUUACUGUACAGAAACUUUUCCUGGACCAA